GAAUAAGGUAUUACAUCUUCCGUUGGGAUGAAUAAUGAAUGUAAUGUUAAUACUAUCGAAUUCUCUUCUGCUGAUUUGACAGAAGUAGUUCUAUAAUAUUCAGGCACCAGCGUUCUCAGGUUUCAUCAUGGGAAGAAAGAGGAUAGCAGUUGUUGGUGUCGGACCUUGCGGUAUCUGUGCCAUAAAAAGUUUAAAAGAAGAAGGCAUGGAGCCUGUGGGUUUUGAAAGAACAAAUACAGUUGGAGGAUUAUGGCGAUAUCAUGAUGAUGAUGUAGAAGGUUUAGCAUCUGUAAUGAAGACGACGAUCAUCAAUUCUAGCAAAGAAAUGAGUGCUGUCAGCGAUUUUCCACCACGGGAGGAUACACCUAACUACAUGCACAACAGAGAAGUUUAUGCCAUGUUAACGAGCUAUGCUAAAGCGUUUGAUGUGAUCAAGCACGUGAAUUUCCAUAAAGAAGUCAUUGAGGUGGACUUAGCAGAAAGUUACGAAGAAACUGGCCGUGUGGUUGUCAGCGUAAAAGACACUAUCACUGGCGAAAUCUCAAAGGAUGAAUAUGAUGGAGUGUUUGUUAAUAUUGGUCAUCAUGUUUAUCCUAAUAUGCCAUCUUUCCCGGGAAUGGAAAUAUUCAAAGGGAAAAUAAUGCAUACUCACAGCUUAAAGAACGUAGACAGCUUUGAAGAUCAAGUUGUUGUUGUUGUUGGAGCUGGCAACUCGGGAAUGGACGCAGCUGUUGAAAUUAGUUCUGUAUCAAGACAGGUCUACUUGAGCACCAGAAGUGGAACUUGGGUCCUUCCUCGAGUCGGUCCAAAUGGCUUACCCAUAGACGUAGUUUUGACCCGCAGAUUCACGGACAUGUUGUUCAAAAAACUGCCAUAUGAUCUGAUUUGCUGGAUCAGUGAAAAAGUGCUGAACUACCGUUUUGACCAUGAGAUUUACAGUCUGAAACCCAAACAUCGAAUUUGGAGUCAACAUCCAACUGUUAGUGACACUUUGCCAAUAAAGCUUCUGAGUGGCACUGUUGUAGUUAGAAAAAACAUUGAAAAGUUUGUAGAAAACGGAGUAAUUUUUCAAGGAGAAGAUCAAGUCACUGAAUGUGACACGGUUGUUUUUGCAACAGGAUACAAAAUCAAGUUUCCAUUUUUGAGUGACAAGAUUACUACAAUAAAGAACAAUCAAGUUCAUUUGUACAAAUAUGUGUUCCCUCCUCAUUUGAAACAUCCUACUGUAGCAAUUUUGGGGUUGAUUCAGUCAGUCGGUGCUGGAUUCCCUGUAGGGGAGGCGCAAUGUCGUUGGGCAUCUUUGGUUAUGAAUGGCAAAUGCUUUCUUCCGUCUCGGGAAGAAAUGGAGGCUGAUAUCAAGAAAAAGAAAGAGAUAAAUCUGAUGAGAUACGGCAAAUCAGAAAGACAUACCAUCCAGGUAGAUUACAUUGAGUACAUUGAUGAGAUAACAGCGUUGUUUGGUGCAAAGCCAAAUCUUUUGAAGAUAUUCUUCACUGAUCCACGGUUGUUUUUCGUUUUGAUGUUUGGUCCAUCUCUACCAUAUCAAUACAGGCUCCAAGGUCCACAUUCCUGGUCGGGUGCUCGAAAAGCUAUCUUAGAAUGGGACAAAAGAGUUAUAAAACCGCUGAAAAGAGAUUACCAGGGACAGCAAUUCAAUGUUCAAAGUUUCUUGUAUAAAUUAUUCGUAGUUGGAAGUGCAAUGCUUCUUCUAAUUAGUAUUUUGAUAAAAGUGCUAUUUUAAACCUAUGUAAUCACAAUGCUACUAUCUACAUUUGAGAUCUCUGUUUCAAUAUUUGAAUGUAAAUUGUAAAUAAACAAAAUCAUUCAUUAAUUUUACAAACUCAGAAUUUAGUUACCUGCUUUUAAAGAACAGAAUUGCUACAGAAAAUAUAUUUUUAAAAAUGAAGAGUUUGUUUUGUUAUGUUCUGUGUAAAGUGAUAAAAAUGUUUUCAAGCAACUAUUUUUUAUUUUGUAUCUUUUACAAAUUACAUUAGGAUAUUAGUGACACAUCAUCACUUAACUCUUCCUAUUUCAAUAACUUUCAUUUUAUUUAAAUUAAUUAUUCCAUUUGCUAAUUUUUCUAUUUAAUUCAUUCAAGGUCAUUUUUUUAAACAAAAGAGCUGAGAAAUAUUUACAAAGAUUGUUUCACCGUAAAAUACUAUGUAAAAAAAGUAAUAAGCAACGCUUGGUUAAAAAUUGAACUCAACUAUUAUUAUUGCCCAUAAAAAGGUUGUUUUGAUUAAGUUAAAUACAUAUUUUUUACAUAUGUUC